GCCUUCACGGCAGUUUUGAAAAAGGAUGUCGAAAUUGGAAUCUUGUGUUCCGUCUGCGGUUCUACCGUCCAAAGCUCAAGUGAUUCCAUGUUUGAAUUUACCGACGGAAACUGCUCCAAUAUUCGGACAAAUCGCAGAAUACUUCAUAUCCUUACCCCUCAUGGUUCGAGGAAAUAAUCUGAAUUACGGAUCAAUCGAUUGCAUUGAUCCAUGCGCUCAGCGCUUAGCGGUUUCCCAGACAUUAUGGUGCAGCAGCAGGAAGAUCGAAUCCGAAAUCGAAGUGGCCAAUUUCAUCGGAAAGAUUUUGUUUUGGAAGACGCACGGCCGAAGAGCAACCAAAGUUAACGAAUACAACGUUUGGUACUUCAUCCCCAUCAAAUCAUCCCCGAGAAAUAGUGUGCCUUCCAUAUGAUCGAUCGAAAAGUGGUCACCCAGCAGGCAAUGAUACUUGUUGUAA